AUGGAUGAAUUACCCAGCUCCGAAUCCCCGGCAGAGGGUGAUUCGCUUGAUCAGCGAUUAACCCUGCGCACAGCUCCGUCAUUUGACAUAUACAGCUCCAGCGAAGGGUUCGGAGAUGGAACUAACGAUACGGAAGAGGUUUUACUGAGAACCAUUACUAUUGGGCAGAUGAUAGGAGCCUUGGAUAGCGGUGAGUUUAGCUUCGGUAAGAAGGAGAUGGACUUGAUUGAGGAGGAAGAGGAGAGUGAGAAGGAUGAGUUGAGUGGGAGUCGGAAAUCGGGGGUUGAGGAGGAAGUUGAACCGGCUAGUCCCCCGAUGUAUUUAGCCGCUGGCCUUGGGGUUGAUGGAACUGGAUUUGGGUUUGAUAGCUUUCCUAUUGAUGAUUUAUGUCUGCCAAACUUGGAUGGAAGUGGCGAUGUUGAGGAGCAUUAUAAGAGGAUGAUUGAUGAGUAUCCCUGCCACCCUUUGAUUUUGAGAAAUUAUGCUCAGAUUUUACAGUCUAAGGGAGACCUUCGCGGAGCUGAGGAGUAUUUUCUACGUGCUACUCUGGCAGAUCCUAACAAUGGUGAAAUCUUAGUGCAGUAUGCUAGGCUGGUCUGGGAUCUCCAUCGUGACAAACAAAGAGCAUUAGAGUAUUUUGAACGUGCAGCUCAAGCUCCCCCUCCAGAUAGCCAGGUUCUUGCAGCAUAUGCCAGUUUCCUCUGGGAAAUAGAAGAAGAAGAAGACGAUGAUGAUGAUGGAAAACAUGAUACUAACAGCAAGGUGCAGAAUGAGAACAAUGAACAAAAUAGUAAAUUUGUCAGUCCCCCAAAACAAGAUGAUCAACCGGCUGGCCUUUCCCUGAACCCUGCAGCAAGACAAGAGAUUGAUGCAGCAGAUUUUACAGCGUCCAACUAUGGCAAGGGUGCUGAUAUUAAGGACUACUUCAGGAAGAUGAUUGAUGAAAAUCCUUCCAACCCUUUGUUUCUGAAGAGUUAUGCCCAGUUUCUGAUUCAGUCCAAGAAAGACCUUCAGGCGGCAGAAAAAUGCUACUCGCGUGCAAUCCUAGUUAAUCCUGGUGAUGGUGAAAUGAUAUCGGAAUAUGCAAAACUAGAGUGGCAACUUCAUCAUGACUGGAGAAAAGCGUUAUCAUAUUUUGAGCAAGCAGUUAAAGCUACUCCUGAGGACAGCAAUGUUCUGGCGGCAUAUGCUUGCUUCCUAUGGGAAACAGAAGAUGUGGAGGCUGAAAUUUCAGAGUAGAGACUCGUUGAAGUGCCUCUUACACGAGAUCACCUUGGCACAUGCCAAUACUCGACAGAAAUUUAGUGCUUCUACAGAUGUCAGCUGAAUUCUCAAUUCUUGUUUCUACCAUCUCAAUGUGUACAUGUUAGCUGUUCUUCACAUCAACUUUGAUAGUUUUUAGAAAAAUAAUAAUAAUUUCCAGCCUAUUAAAUAAAUAAAAUCAUAAACACUAUUCAACACAUGAACUUAAUUAUCUUUUUGCACUACCCUUCUCAACACGUCAUGCGCUGAGUUUGCGCGACGGUCAAUGUAACCAUAAUGUUUACAUG